UGGGACAGUGACCUGCCUGCUGCAAACAAGACCCUGCAGAGUAUAAAACCCCAGUGGCACAGUGGAGCACGGGACAGCCCGAGGCACGCUGAGAGGAUGGAGGCCAGCAUGAACCUCCUGCACGACGCCGGCAUCCGAACCACACACUGGCUGCAGCAGCGCUUCCAGGGCUCCCAGGACUGGUUCCUCUUCAUCUCUUAUGCUGCUGAUCUCAGGAAUGCUUUCUUUGUCCUCUUCCCCAUCUGGUUCCACUUCAGUGAAGCAGUGGGCAUCAGGCUCAUCUGGGUGGCUGUAAUCGGAGAUUGGCUCAACCUCGUCUUCAAGUGGAUUCUCUUUGGGGAGAGACCAUACUGGUGGGUCCUUGACACAGACUAUUAUGGCAACAACUCUGCACCAGAGAUCCAGCAGUUCCCGCUCACCUGCGAGACUGGCCCUGGGAGCCCAUCUGGCCAUGCCAUGGGUGCAGCAGGUGUGUACUACGUCAUGGUGACAGCUCUCCUCUCAGCUGCUGGGGGAAAGAAGCAGUCAAGGACUCUCGGAUACUGGGUGCUGUGGACAGUGCUUUGGAUUGGGUUCUGGGCAGUUCAGGUCUGCGUCUGCAUGUCCAGAGUCUUCAUUGCUGCUCACUUCCCCCACCAGGUGAUUGCAGGGGUAUUCUCAGGGAUGGCUGUGGCCAAGACCUUCCAGCAUAUCCGCUUCAUCUACCAUGCCAGCUUCAAUCGGUACCUGGGCAUCACCCUCUUCCUCUUCAGCUUCACCCUGGGUUUCUACCUGCUGCUGUGGACAUUUGGAGUGGACCUGCUCUGGACACUGGAGAAAGCACAGAAGUGGUGCAGCAACCCUGAGUGGGUCCACAUCGACACCACUCCCUUUGCCAGCCUUCUCCGUAACCUGGGCAUCCUCUUCGGGCUGGGGCUGGCCCUCAACUCCCACAUGUACCAGGAGAGCUCCCGGCUGAAGCAGGGCUGGCAGCUGCCCCUGCGCCUGGGCUGCAUCGCUGCCUCCCUCCUCCUCCUCCACAUCUUCGAUGCCUUCAAGCCACCCUCCCACAUGCAGCUGCUCUUCUACGCCCUCUCCUUCUGCAAGAGCGCGGCCGUGCCGCUGGCCACCGUCGGCCUCAUCCCCUACUGCCUGUCCCAGCUCCUGGGCACACAGGACAAAAAGGCUGCCUAAGGCAGGCAGGCACCCCAGCCCUGGGUGCACCUCAGCCACUGUUUGCUUCCCACUGAAUCUGCACAGGCUGGUUCUGCGCUGGGAGCAGAGCAUGGAGGCUGGGCUGCUGGUGCUGCUGGGUGGCUCCCACAACACGGACCCACAGUGUCAGCCACGCUGGGCUGUGGCUGGCUGAUGGCACAGAGAGCCCUGCAGGCCCAGCACUCCCCUGCUGUCCCUCCUGCACUCACACGUGGGGGGCACCUGCCCAGGACCCAGCAGCAGCAGCAGGAGGUCCUGCACUCCCUUGCAGCUCGUGGGGACAGGCCACCUCCACACUGCAGGGCUGGGGACAGCACCACUGGGAGCAGGGCUCUCACCUCAGCGUGUCUGGGGUCUGCUGGAGAGGCAGCUCUGUGACAGGAACGGCAGACACUGUGACAUGGAGAUAAAGUGCCAGUGUGCUGGACCCCUCCAGCCCUGGGACAUUUGGUGCUCACCUCUGUGUGAUGCAUGCAGGGUGCACACACACCCAUGUGUACAGGCAUGACAUGCACCUGUGCACACAUGACACGGGGUGGGGCUGUGCACAGGAGUAUUUUAUUAAAGCUGAAGGUUGUUUAGCUGGUGAGUUUGAGUGUCCUGCUGGCUAGCACCAUGGGAUGGGAGGCUCAGCUCCUGGAUACAGGGUUGCGGCAUGGCCUGCAGACGGUAGAGGAAGGACAUUCCUCCUGGGUGCUGAAGACCCUCAACACCUGCAGGACAUGUUCAAGCCACUGGGAAGGGCAGUGCCUAGGCCUUUACUUUUUGCUCUGAGGUGCAGUUGAACGCUGACAGCACAUGGUGGCAAUGAGCUGCUUUUUGUGCUGUUUGUCCAAGGCUUCUGGGUGUACUUUGUGCCAGGAACAGGGAAAAACUUCUGUUACCUUGCUGCUUACAGAACAAGCUCAGCUUUGAGACCAACUGGCUCAGCUGGGGCUGUGCUGAGCCUCCAGGGUGCUGGGGACAGAACUGGCAGUUGGCUGUGGUGUGGGGUUGGGGACAUGCCCCUCCCACCUCAGUACCCCAGCCCAGUGCUCCCUCUGCAGCAGGAAGUCCUGUGGGCUCAGCCUGCUGCCAUCCAAGCUGUGCAGGCCAGCUAUCAACUUUAUCAGUAAACAUCCUUGCUCAGUCUGAGAUAGUCCAAAAUAUACAGGGAGGUGCAGAUACUUUCUUCCUGCCAGACUCUGUGUGCAUGUGUAUGAUUGCUCCUAAAGCACCAGCCCUUACUCUGACCCCACAGCCAGCUCCAGACUUGUGCUGGUCCCUGUGUUCUGAUGCCAUCCCAAUAGUUCAGACAAGGCUGUGGCCAUGCAGCAGUCACAGCAACCAUGGGUGGGAACCCGACCUGUUUGGGCUGCUUCCAUCCCUUUGUUCAUUACAGAUAAACUUCCUUAGGCUGGAAGUUUCUUUUAUUCUGUUUCUCUGUUUAUUACCAACAUCCGGAGUAAACCUAUCAUGCCAUUUCUAGCAAGAACGGGAAAGGUAAAUUCUCAAAUUACCUAUUGUGCCCCAUUGUGGCUCCACAGCGCCCUUUAGUUCCUCCAGAGGAGACUGCAGCAGCUCCAGGGCCUGGCUGGGCAGGAAGGGUGAGCUCAGGGAACACUGAGGACAGCUCAGCCUGAUCCUGAGUUUACAGCUGCAUCAGCCCAAGAAACUACCCAUGGUUAAAAAAUGACCAGUAACAACUGCAUUCCACCAAGGGAAAGGACUUGGUAUGUGGUGAGGAAUGAGCUCCUGCCUGUGGGGCACCUGUUCUCCUUUCCAGCUGCUCUCUGCCCUUGCCCAGCCCAAGGUGUCAAGGGGAACCAACUGCCUCAUACUUGAGCGUUCGUGCCAAGCAACUCCUUCUCAGCACCUGGUGCAAUGCAAAAUGCCCCAAAGUACUGCCAGCAGGAGGCCUCUUGUGGGUAUAGGAACCCCACAAAGUGGUUAACUAAGCACU